AUGUCUACUGCUUUCGAAUUGGAGCAUUUGGCUACAUGCAUCACUGCCCAUGCAUGGAACGCCGACAGAUCAAGAGUCGCCGUCUGCCCAAACAGCAACGAGGUGCACAUCUACGCAAAGAAUGGCACUUCCUGGGUUGUUGAGCACAUCCUUGCAGAGCACGAUCAAGUCGUAACAGCCAUUGACUGGGCUCCAAAGACAAACAGAAUCGUCACUUCGUCACAGGAUCGUAACGCCUACGUGUGGACUUUUGUUGAUGGACAGUGGAAGCCAGUGCUGGUGUUGCUCAGAAUCACCAGAGCCGCCACCCACGUCAAGUGGAGCCCAUUGGAGAACAAGUUUGCCGUCGCCUCGGGUGCCAAGCUCGUCUGUAUCUGUUUCUUCGAGGAGGAGCACGACUGGUGGGCAUCGCACCACAUCAAGAGACAUAAGUCCACCGUGCUCAAGGUCGAGUGGCACCCAAACAACUUGCUGUUGGCCACGUCCAGCAGCGACUUCAAGGUGCGUGUGUUUGACGCCUACGUCAAGGACGCCGACGGACGCCAGGUCCAGCGCCCAUACGGUGAGAUCCCAUUCGGUCAGCCAAUCUUUGAGUUUGACCAGUGCGCCGGUUGGGUUCACGCCCUCGGCUGGUCCGCCAGCGGCAACCGUCUCGGCUUUUCCAGCCACGACUCGACCCUCGCCGUCGCCGACCUCACCUCCAACCCACCCACUGUGCAGAAGCUCCGUCUCCGCAACCUGCCACUCCGCGACCUCCUGUUCGUCACCGAGAACUCCAUCGUCGGUGUUGGUCACGACUGCACACCAAUCCUCUUCACCAACAACGCCGGUCAAUGGAGAUUGGACGGUGAGUUGGACAAGACCACCGAGACUGCCUCUGCCGCCUCCUCCAGCGCCCGUUCCAUGUUCCAGAACAAGGUUGACCUUGGAGAGUCAAAGGUUGACAUCAAGCUUCCAUACGUCCACCAAAACUGUAUCACUAACAUCAAUGCAUACAAAUCAGCUGGAGGAGUUGUCUCUGACUUCUCUACCUCUGGCCUCGAUGGCAACAUCGUCAUCUGGCACGUUAAGCCACUGGAGACCAGAAGCAAGUUGAAGUUUGUUUAA